GCCCAACCUCAGACUCUUAUGAAACUUGAUAUCUCUUUGUCAGCCCACCAUGGAGCUCCUGGGACUGACUACUAUCAUCUUGCUGGUCUGCAUCUCAUGUCUUCUUCUCUUUGCAGCAUGGAGAAGGAUAUCACGAACAGAGAAGGAGCCUCCAGGUCCUAUGUCCCUCCCCGUCAUUGGAAACGUGUUCCAGCUGAACCCGUGGAACUUGGCUGAAAGCUUGAAGGAGCUCAGCAAGAAGUAUGGUCCUGUCUUCACAAUACAUUUAGGCCCCCAAAAGGUUGUGGUGCUGUAUGGCUAUGAAGCUGUGAAAGAAGCCCUGAUCGAUCAGGCAGAUAACUUCAGCGGAAGAGGAAAUCUGCCAUUGCUUAAAAAACUCUUUGAAGGCACAGGCAUUGUAACCAGCAAUGGGGAGACCUGGAGGCAGCUCCGACGAUUUGCCCUCACCACUCUGCGUGACUUUGGGAUGGGGAAGAAGAGUAUCGAGGCACGAAUCCAGGAGGAAGCUGGUUUUCUGGUGGAGAGGCUCAGGAACACACACGAGAAACCUUUUGACCCUAGCAGUUUCUUAAUCCAUGCUGUUUCCAACAUCAUCUGCUCUAUUGUCUUUGGGGAUCGGUUUGAUUAUGAGGACAAGAAAUUUCUAACUUUAAUUCAGUUGAUGGAAGAAAAUAACAGGCUUCAGAACAGCGUACAGACACAGAUAUACAAUUUCAUCCCAAAUAUCAUGGACCGUUUACCUGGACCCCAUAAGACACUCAUUAAAAAUAUUGACAAUGUAAAUCAAUUUAUUUCUGAAAUAGUAACAGCGCACCAGGAAUCUCUGGAUCCCAGUUGUCCUCGAGAUUUUAUUGAUGCUUUCAUCAACAAAAUGGAACAGGAGAAAGGGAAAAGUCACUCAGAAUUCACCGUUGAUACCUUGACCAGAACCACGCUCGACUUGUUCCUUGCAGGAACAGGGACAACCAGCAAUGCCCUGAGAUAUGGACUUCUGAUACUCCAAAAACACCCAGAUAUUGAAGAGAAAAUGCAGCAGGAGAUUGACCGUGUGAUUGGCCGAGACCGAAGUCCUUGCAUGGCAGACCGAAGCCAGAUGCCCUACACAGAUGCUGUGAUUCAUGAAAUCCAGAGAUUCAUUGAUUUCCUUCCACUUAAUGUCCCACAUGCUGUGACCAAAGACACCAAGUUCAGAGACUAUUUUAUCCCCAAGGACACUAUGAUAUUCCCUAUGCUGUCUCCCAUCCUAAAAGACAGCAAGGAAUUUCCAAAUCCUGAAAAAUUUGACCCAGGACACUUCCUGAAUCCAAACGGUACCUUUAAAAAGAGUGACUACUUCAUGCCAUUUUCUGCAGGAAAACGCAUCUGUGCAGGCGAAGGCCUGGCCCGGAUGGAGAUAUUCAUAUUUCUAACAUCCAUUCUGCAGAACUUUACUUUGAAACCUGUUGUGGAUCGGAAGGACAUUGACACUUCCCCAAUAAUCACCAGUCUGGCAAAUGUGCCCCGAUCUUACCAGGUCGGUUUUGUUCCCCGUUAGACAAUGAAGACAGUUGGCAGCUCCCAAAUUCAUGAAAAUUCUGUUUGCAUUGAAGUCAUUUCCCAGCUUGAUGAGACUGAGAUCAUUGUUAUAUUCUUUAUGGAGAUAAAUAUUAUACUUAAAAAAAAA